UAAGAUAAUCAGCUGAGCUUUUUAAACUGACGUUGGGCUGAGGUGGACUUUAUUCGCGGUUAGUGAGGCGACACGUGAGACUUUUCAACCAAACCCGUCGUCUUUUUUCUUCUUCUUUUUUGUUACUUACACCGAUGCCGCCUUGGUGUUGAGAAGGUGUCAACUUGGACCCGAGUUCUUUAAUGUUGUAGUUCAUCCGCCGUGCGAGUCCUGCAAUUCUGGAGCGAAUCGUUGAUAGUAGCACCAUGCUAUCGCAGAUGCCCUCGGAUUACAGGCCGAUUUUUGCCCCGCCGGUGCCCCCCCACAAGCCGAAAGAAAAAAGGUCGUGGGAAGGACAGGAGCGAAACCUGAAAUGUGUCCUACUGGGAGACGGGGCCGUGGGCAAGACCAGUUUGGUGGUCAGCUACACGACAAACGGCUAUCCAACGAAAUACGUGCCCACCGCAUUCGACGACUUUUCAGCUGUUGUUCAAGUGGAUGGGACCCCAGUCCGACUACAACUGUGUGACACCGCGGGACAGGAUGAGUUUGACAAGCUCCGACACUUCUGCUAUCCCCGAGCCGACGCCCUCCUCCUCUGCUUCAGCGUCGUCAACCCGGCUUCAUUCCAGAACAUAUGGGAGAAAUGGGUUCCGGAAAUCCGGCGGCACUGCCCUCUGGUGCCCGUCAUCCUAGUGGGCACCCAAUGUGACCUGAGGCAAGACGUUAAGGUUCUGAUUGAGCUCAACCGGCGGCAGGAGAAGCCCGUAUCCGAGAGCGGCGCUCGAGCCCUGGCUGAGAAAGUGGGCGCAAUCUGCUACGUGGAGUGCUCAGCACUGACCCAGAAGAACCUGAAGGAGGUCUUUGACGUCGCCAUCUCUUCCGGCAUGCGCUUCUCCGAGAGGCGGGCGCGCAAGGAGAGGAAGAUGAGGAACACGGCGGACAAAAUGAAAACGCUCUCCAAGUCCUGGUGGAAGAAAUAUGUCUGCGUCCAGUGACGUUGGGGCCGGGAGGGGGGGGGUCAGUUGGGGAGGGGCAGGACCUGAAUGAGGGGGGAGGGGCAGACUUUUUUUUCCCAAUAAAGACAAUACCAGGCCCCGCCCCACUUUUUUUCUCUCCUCCAUCUCAAAAAUGCUGGCCCAGCUCAGCUGCUCUUGGAUGCUACAUCUACACACCCUGUUUGCACUAAAUUAUGGAUCUGCAAUAAAUUUCUUCUUCUUCUUCUCAGAGUGGAGGGAAGUCUUUAAGUCCUAUGGAUUUCCACUUAAAUGCAGAAGCAAUAUGUGACUCCUAGAAUCUGUGGUGGCGCCGCUCCAGUGGACGCUACUCCGGCUGCAGCCCCUUUGCCUCACCACCUCUCUCUGCUGCCCUCUUGUGGCCACCCAGGGAGCGGCCAGGACCAAAAUGAAUCUGUUCCCGAAUGUGACCAUAGCCACAACCCACAAGACAUCCUGCUGACCGCUAGGGGACAGGCGUUAUGUAAAAUAGCAUUGAGCUUCUCAUUUUUAAGAAGCGUCUUUUUAAAAAAAAUUCUUUUAAGUUUGGUAAUGAUGUGUAUCAGUGAUUAAAACCUGAUGAUAUCUGGAGGGGAAGCAAUGUGAAUGACUGGCUAUGAUUUGGUAGGAAAAGGCACAGUGAAAACAAAUAAAAGCGAAUCAGCCAGGCAGUUAGUCGGAAUUUAUAUUAUAUAGUGUCUUUAAUCCGAAGGGGUCUGAUUAAAAGGAGAGGGGGACGGGUGGUUGAAAUUUUUGGACUAGCUGGUUGGUCGUACCGUAUAUUAUUAUGAUUUUUAUUAUUAUUUAACCCUCAACUCUUUCUGUUGAAAAGAUCUUAGUCUUGGUAUAGCGCCUUUCAAAAUGAGGAAUUGGGUGUAGAACGCCUGAUUCAUCUCACCCACUAAGUUCACGUUAUGCCAAAUGCAAUGGAAGGAUCUGAUUGCUCAGACGUGAGCUGUUUGAUGGCCGCUUUACCGAGCAGUCAAUGGCCAAUGAGCAAAAAUUAUUUAAACAGAAGUUAUAUAGCGCCUUUUUAUAGUGCACAGCAGCAACGCUAUUAAAUCACAUGUAGUAUAAUGCCGUAAAUUCCAGUUUGUUGAAUGAAUCCUUACUUCAUAAAGCGCCUCUCACUUUUAAAAAUGCAAUUUGAACUAAAUUAUUUUGAAUGAUCAAGCUGAGCCUUGUAUUAUAUAGCGCCUUUCUCACUGUGUAUUUAAAGUUAUGGAGAUUCUGUCUGAUUAUAGAUUCUAUAAGUGGGCUGUAUAAAGUAAAGAUAAAGUCAUUGGAAUUUUUUGUAUAAUAUUUAUGCUAUUAAAGUGAUUAAAGCUUUGGACUUCAAAGCCAGAAAUGGUGGGUUAAAAUCCCACUACUGACACCAUGUGACCCUGAGCCAGUCACUUCACCUGUCUAUGUGAUUGAACUGAUGUAACCAAUUGUACCUCAAAUGCUAUAAAACACUGUCCAAAAAUAAAAGUUUACAACCUCAAAAUUAUUAAUUCAGUUAAAGGGGAAAUGGGGUACCCAUCCAUACAGUAAAGAAAGUGUGAGGAUGGCAGUUCAGUGCCCACCUGUCUGCUCAAUCAUAGUCAAGAUAGGACUAAGUGUGCUGAUAUGGAAGAGCCUCUCUAACCUUAGUGGGCGGUUCCCAUCACCCCGCCCCUUUCCCUUUCCUCCCGCCUCUUUCCCACUCCUAUUGGUCAGGGUUUAUCACUGAUACCGGGCUGUGCCAAAAUUUUACAUUGCAGUCAUUUCAGUUUUGUUUUUAUUUGUCGUGGGGUUCACGCCUACCUGCUUUGUAAGCAGAAAUGUUCUUGGACUUUGUCGAUAUUUAACGAUGGAAUAAAGAAAAUAAAGAAAGGA